AUGUCUGCGCCUCACCGUGGCUUGCCCCUGCCGGCGGCCUUGAACCCCGUUCCGCCGCCUUCUGGUCCGGGACUUGUUCAACAACCUCCGCCACCCGUCCCCAGCUUGUUAGGACACGCUCACCCGCCACCUACACCAUCGCAAAGUCAGUCCUUGGGACAGAUUCCAGCACCGCCGUCAUGGCAACAUGGGAACGAGGAGUCGAUGCGAGUAUGGCUCAUGGCCAAGGCUGAGGAAGAGAAGCGGAAGCAGGAAGAGGAGAGAACACGGCAGGAAAGCUUCCGCCUGGAACAGCGUAAAACCGAAUUCAACAUGUUGAGAGAGUCACUGCAAGGGGGAGUUCCGCCGGCCAUGGUACCAGUGGUCUUCGCGGGGAUGAGCGGGGGAGCCCUUUCGCAGGCUGCCCUGGACUGGGCACAGCAGUAUAUCUACUCGCAGUCUCACCAGUCCCAUCCACAGGCUUUAUUACCGCCGGGGCCUAUCUCACCCCAACAUCAGAGGCGAGAAUCUCAACCCCACAGCUACGCGCACUAUCCGGGCUCGGGAGGGGUUCCCUCCACUCCAGGCUCUGCCCAGGGACAUGGAGGCGGGUACAUAUCUGGCUAUCCUGGCUCACCACAGACUCGUCCGAGAGGGCAAAGUGUUCCUGGGCCUAUGGCAGGCCGCCUCCAUGGAGGAAUGGCCAAUCUUCCCAACCUCAACACCGGCAUUUCUGGGGGUCAUGGAAGUUCAGCAGCCGCUCAUCCGGCGGUUGUCCAAUCCCAGCAGCAGCAAGAGCCUCAGCAAUCACCCUCGAUACUCUUUCAUCAUUGGACACCACCGACGAGUCAGGCAGGAGGGCGGGGCGGGGCUGACCAGCCUGCAACACCUUCAGGCGAGUCGCCGAGGAAGAGGAAAGCUACGGGCCCGCAGACGGCAGUACCGCCACCGAGCAGCUCACAGCGGUAUCGGUCCCCGACUUUCUCACAUAGUGGUGCUCCGUUGUCGAACCCGCCAGCCGGGCGUAAGACAGGUCAUGCUCGCCAGCGAAGUGACAUAGGGUCAUACCGCGGGGCUGUUCGAGGGCGUGGAGACGGUUAUGCGCCAUCGCCACAGGAUGCACCCACAAACAGCAGCGAGUCUAUAGUUACUCAGCACCAGCACCAACAGCAUUUACAGCACCAUCAACAUCAACACGGACAGGGGCAUACGCAGUCCUCGCAGGGCCAACAGACAGCUCCGACAGUAACACGUAGCGCGCACUCGGUUUCGUCACUGUUGUCGGAUCAUCCACAAUCACCUCGGCCAGGGCAGUUCUCAGGAGGAGGCCGAUCCUCCGAGGAGAAAGUGCGCGGUGGUGCAGUCGGUGGAUCGUCGGCCACGCGAGACAGAGAUAACGACUGA